ACUUUCCUUACUGCUCCCAGAAAAUGGAAAUGCCUUGAAACUAAUUAAAUAGCAAAUAGAAAUAUUUAGAUUCAAAUAAAAAUGUUUCUGUUUCCUUCGACCAACAAUUUGCUGUCUGCCCUCUUCGAAUUAUUUAUGUACUUCUCUUAGUAAUUACAACAAUUGCAAAUAAACACGAGAACAAAGUUUACUCUUAACUGAGCCUGUUCCAGGAGUUCCGAUAAUGGGGACGGUGCAAAGUAAAGUGAGGAGAAAAAAAAAUUAACAGCAAGGGGUGUAUUGGAACGCUUGUAAAAGGCCAUUAAUCAGUAGCUUAUUAGCAUGUAUCACAUCAACUAUUGUGCACAAGUUACUGUGGUCAACGUACAGGGAAGUUGAUUGGCAUUUGCUUCAUUCAAGGCAAUUUUAAAAAAUUCGCACUGCGAAGAACUUCUAUCAUUAUACUGUUUUCAACCCAGAAAAGUUAACGCGGUUGUUAAUAUCUCUCUUGAAGGAGAUUAAUCCCUCCCACGAUCGCAAAAUCAUAAAACUCGGCUUAUAACAUUUUAGUAACCUGUUUUCGUCACUGCAACAUUUUCGCUAAAAGCCGUAGAAGAAUUACAACGACUAUCGCGCUUUCCCGCCAAAAAUGACAGUGGGAUCACGCCCGCGUACUUCUUAGUACUGAGAACUGAUUCACGUAGUCGUCCUCUAGAAGUCUCUGUUAUAAUAUAUUUACCUCAAGUAGAGAAUCUUACCGGCUGUGACAGGUAUGUUUGGCAUUACUAUAGUUCGUAGUGUUUGGUUUCUAAUGUCCGGCACAACGUGUUCGUUCAAGAAGUCCUUGAUCGUGGCCAGGCCCGGCCAAGGCAUUUUUACAAGCGCCAAAUCCUUUGUAAGUUUUGAAUGAAUUGCUAACCGGCCUUAGUGGAACGUCUCCUGUUCCGCAUAUUAUACAUCUUUCAAAAUAUUUCGCCGUUUCUAUUUCGCUCCAAUCCCCCGGCUAAUUCUCCGUAACCCGCCAGCUGAUGCUUACCAUAUUUGGAAGAAAGUCCGUCGAUUCGAUGGAGUAUUGUGCCAAAUAACUCAUCGAUCCACCUCGUUUCUUGGCGAGGCAGCUUAGCUGUUUAUGCCUGAUUGAAUUAAAAUAAUGGCGUUCACGCUCAUGACUAAAACUUAACGGAAGAAAUGCAAGAAUACAUAUAAUACACGAUGGGUUUUAUCUCUUUUUUUAGGUCGGCAGUUGUGCAAGAAAAAAUCAUCUGUUUAUUUCCUGCAACUGGCCGAAAAAUAGGCCAAUACUUUUUUAUACAAAUUUCAACAAUUUAUUACAUUACAGAUAAAAAAAGAAAAAAGACAGAAAAAUAAUAGUGCAUAGUGCAAAAAAAGGAAAUAAACAGUGGUAUACAUCAGUAAUCAAAGUACAUUAAUUUUGUAAAAAGCGGAGUCAAUGCUUUAUGCUCAAGCCUUAUGCACAUCUCGGAGGCUGAUAACAUUCCCCGCGAUCUGCAUAAUCAAGCCUCAUUGCUAAAAUGUUAUCUACGGUUUAGGUUAACGUUCUCUUACAUCUGUUUUCGUGUCUUCUUUGUAUCCAAGGUUUGCUAUGUCAACAUUGACGAGUUCCGGAACACAUUCCAAGUGAUGUCGGAGUUGAUGGGCUCGUAUCAGCCUUGCAAACGGAUUGGCAACCAAUGCUUUUUAUAAAAGAGCAUUUUGAAAUUUGUUGCGAUAAAUGUUACAUUGAACACUUGUGCAAUCUACGGAGGGCGGGUCCAAUAAAACUUGGUAAUACCAACGUUCACCAGCUACUUUUAAGCAAACUGGAGAGAGAUUAUACGGUGCUUUGAGUGUAUGCAACUGCACUCGUGGUAGCAGCUGAUAGUGACCACCAGGCCCCAGUUGUUCAAACGUUGGAUAGCGCUAUCCACCGGAUAAAUCACUAUCCAGCGGAUAAGUGUUAGGGAAAUCAAUUACGCUAUCCGCUGGAUAGUGAUUUAUCCGGUGGAUAGCGCUAUCCAACGUUCGAGCAACUGGGGCCAGGUCUGCGGCUAAUCUGACUCAGCUAUACCAAGAGCCCAACUCACUAAACAGGAUUUAUUGUGGCUUUCCUGCCUGUGAAUGUCUCAUAUAUUUUUUGGAACUUGUGUAGCCAUUUGUGGAUCUCUAUAUUUCGAAAUACUGCCAUUAUAGACUUAGAAAUUAUAGAAUUUUAUGGGGGCCGAGUUUGCUAUAGAUUGGUUACUCUAUAGCACUAGGCAGAGCACUCAACUUAACCUCCCUCAGUGCCGAAUUUCUGCCGCAGAGCGUGCAUUCCGCUUCAGGGCUUCUAAUUAGAACAGUCCCUCCAAUGAAACUAGAAACUCUGCCUCUUUUGAGGCUGGAUUCCAGUCUUUGUCAGUGAAACUUGGAUUCUGGAUUCCAAUCUUUAGUGGGAUUCUGGAUUCCUUGAGCUCCAGAUUCCAAAGCCCAGGAUUCCAGAUUCCUUAUUAAGCAAAAUUUUCCCGGCUUCCGGAAUCCGGAUUCCCUUGCAUAGGGCGAGCUUUGAGUAUACAGCUAUUUCGAGAAAGGUUGUCGGAAAAAAUGUGAACGCGACAAUCCCGAAAGGUAAUAUGGGAUAUGAUCGAUACACUCUUCUUCCUGUCGACUGUAGCUGUCGAAACUACCUUUGUUCCUUUCGGUUAGAACUCGCAAACACAUUUUCAUGGCCUUUCGUGCCAAUUCUUUCAAAUUUCUGUGAACUCAAAACCACCAACAAUGCCUUUCAGGACUGUCGCGUGCACUUUUUCCGACAACCUUUCUCGAAAUAGCUGUAUGCAGCUGCACUCGUGACAGCAGCCGAUAUUGACCACUGCUCUGCGGCUAAUCUGACACAGCUAUAUUAAGAGCCUAACUCAGUAACAGGAUAUUAUUCUGGCUUUCCUGGCAGAAAACACCGAGGAAUGUCUCAGAGAAGUUUUAGGAAUUUGUGUAGGCAUUUACAGAUCUCCAUAUUUCGCAAUGCUGCUGUAAGUAGACUUCAUUUAGGAAGUUCUAGAAUUUUAUGCCAUAAUUCCUAUAGAUUUUAGUCUAGAGUGGUGAAUGGUUGUAAGUUGUAGAGUUUCACAGUUGUAAAGCUGCCCUCAUUAUGCAAGAAAUCUUGUUGCUGUCCGGAAAAUCCUGCGCGUUCAGUCAGGUCUGCAAGCAACAAUGCCGAUCACUCGUAAACACACGCUUGUUCAAUAACCAACCUGGUUACCCCUUGCUAGCUGAGAUUUUUCAUCCUGCUAUGUUCCGUUUGUACUAUUUGUUUAAAAUUAUUUGAGUACAGUGCCUUUAAACCAGGGUCAGUCUGCCACACAGCCAUUCUUUGUGUCGUCACGCAACGCGGCUGUGUAGCAGACUACUUUUGAAUUACUAUACUGAAAGUGAGAAAUUUUUUUUAUGGUUCGUCUUGGCAAUCAAGCGAUACACUUCUAAAGGUUGACACGCCACGUGACCCUUGUAUUAUGAUACCAUGUUAAACUUCUUUCAAAACCAGCCUGUCCUUACCUCUAAGAAUCGAUAAAUAAAUUGCAUCUACAAGCCACUAGUUUACUUUGUCAUACAUUUAUUCAUUCAAAAUAAUUCCUAGUUUAAAAACAAAGCUGAAACAUGCUAACCUCCAUCGAUGUUAAGUUCACCUUCGAUAGUGCACGUUUAGG